AGUGUUGUGACAACUCUUGCAGGUGUACACUCGGCAAUGCAGCAUGAUUCUAUCGUGGAUUCUGCGGCUCCUGACUAUGCUCUGGUGGAAGGCGAAGCUGAGCGGGUUGCCCAGCAGGCCAUUCGACGGCUGCGAGAGUCUCGCAGGCGCUGCCUGUCAGCAGUGUCGGGAGUGCCCACCUGGACUGGACUGCAUGGCUCAUCAGGGGCUCCUGCCAGGCCUCGCUUUGGCCCCAGAAAGGUCCAGGCAUCUCCGUGCAAGCGACCUGCGACAAAGCCAGGCUUGCUCCCGGGUGUGUUCACGCAAGAGGAGCCAUCGUCCUCGUCAACUCCCGCAUCUUCAAGCGAGCUGCUUGCCUGUAUCCGAGCCAGGAAGCCGGCCGAGUCUGUCUGUGCACCCUUUCUGGACACUGGGGAGAGCAACUUUGAUGAGCUGCUCUCGGAUCUGCAGACCUUUGUCGCCUUCGGAGCAAGUGUCGAUGGCCAAGCGAGCACCAAGGAAGUGCUGGCGGCCUUCAAGGACAAAGUGCAGGGAGGCACCAGUGCACCUGUGUUUAAGGCCCUGCUAAGCAAGAUCUGCGAGUUUCAUAGGCGGGAAGACGGCGAAGGAGUCUGGAAGCUCCGGCCCGAGUUCCGAUAGCCUCAACACUUUCGUUUUUAUUUCUAGGUGUGCACUCUCAUGCCAGACACAUUCUAAUGUAUUCGCGCUGAGUAAAAGGCACGAAAGAGUAACUAUGGUAAGUAUGUACUCGUUCUCUUUGUUAGUCUGCGGACUCACGGGCUUGUGGCGAUCGACGGAACCUUAUGAGAGGUCAUGACCUUCUGGUUUUGGGAAGGACUGCGGUGCUCGAGUUCCUGGCAGCUGUAGGCCCAGCGAAACGGCUGAGGCAAGCGCAGUUCAGGAAACGAGAGCGAUCAGGCCAAGUCCAGGUCACCAAUUUGUGGAAACAGGCAGACGUCGAUGCUGGGAGUUCACAAAUUAUAUAUUUCAUCAGAAGCCAUUUAGAGAGACGCUAACAGAAACAGGCACAGCCACCUCGUGCAUGGCGUGUCGUUGUCUUCUCCUGUUCGGAUUCUUGUGGCACAUGCUAGCGUGCUACAAGUGUUUUGUGCCUUUUGCUCAGUGCAAGUAUACUCAAACCUCAUUAUAAUGAACUUGAACAGAGAGCCGAUGUGACUUUGUUAUUUUAUUAUGUAGCGGCACGCCCUCGCUCCCGCUUACAGCGACACGAACUCCGAGCGGUGCGCUCAGUGCGCACCCGCUUACAGCGCCCGCACCGCGUGGCGCAAUACGCACAAAAUAAAGAUCAUGUUCUCUCUUCAGCGACCAUCAUGUGCUGACGUACAUUCCGCUGCUCGCCUAUGCCUGUGUCUGUCUAUAGGCUGCGUGCAGACUUAACUCCGCUGCUCGAGCGAAGGCAUCCCUAGCGGCAAGAAGUGCAGAUUUGGCGGGAUGCUCUCACACGCUCGCAAUGGGGUGAAAUUGAGGAACGAUGCCUUUUACGAUUACUAUACUUUUCGUGCUUUUCGCGCUUGGCCAGUGACCAGAGCGACGGUCCGUCCGCGUUAUCAACGCGAUCAGUCAGCCGCAGGUGGUGGACGAUAAGAAUAACAUAUCAUAAAACGUCGCUCCGCGAUUGCACCCCUGCUCGCUCCCGCUGUGACGGAUCGAGGUAUUUUCGCGGGCAGUUCGUUUUGUGUCUGUUGUGCGUUCGUAGGAAUGCCGAGCUCCACAAAUAAUUGCUGCUGUUGUUGAAUGCAAUAACACCUACAGGAAUUAUCCGGGAACGCAUUUUUACCGGUUUACAAUUAGAGAAUAUGAACGGAAUCGGCGUAAACGGUGGAUCGCACUCGUUCGACGACGAAAGUGAGUUCUGUGAAUACAUGGGGCAUUUUUUUUCUGGGGGGUGCAUUUGCCUGUGAUUGUUGAUCUGCCGAGCAACACCUCUUCCACGAUGCUGUGAAUGUGCCCCGCUUCGAGGAGCUCCCUGCCCUUCAGGUUAGCUCCUCGGAAGAAACUAUCUAUAUCACGUAGCUCUCUGAAUUCAAAUGUAAUAAUUGGCACGCUUUGCAGUGCCAUGGCAGCAAAACACAAGCCGCGACGACGAACUCGGCUGCACUGGUUAAUUCGGCGCAGAGAAUGCAGUGCUAUGGCCGUUCGAUGGAAAGCGUCUUUUUCAUUCAGCGGCCGUGACAGUGCAAUUGGUGGUAUCGCCAGUUUAAACCUGCCGCUGAGUUCGCUGGUGCAUAAGCCCGAGGGUGAUAAGCUGUGAUUGUUUAGUGAGCGAGGCGGCCCGCGUUACACGUGCGCAGUUUCGCUCAACGGGCUCGUAACCUCCGUUGUCUUCCCCCAGCUCAUGCAUUUUAUGUUGCCGCGUUCGCCUGAGGAUACACGAGGUCAGGCGAAAAGAAGCACAUGCGCUAACGCUACGUUCUCUGACAGCUGCUGAUGCCAUGCUCAUUGGGACCCAAUGGCUGCCACAGAACAUCUCAAACAAAGAAUCAAUACUUAAUCAGCGUGAGAGAGCUGAGUGAUAUUGACCUCCGCCUCCUGUUGCUCCGUUCGAAGCAGAAGCAACAAAUAACGACAGUUUGUGGCCACUACUACCAGGUCCCUGUGAAAAAGUAUUCAUCGCUUCGAAGUGGUGCUGUAACCCAUUUCUCGAGCACAUGAAGAAUCGUCGUGGAGCGGUGAGAAUCACAAUGACUUUAGCAGACCUCAGUCCUUCUCUAGGCUUGAUUCCUGGAGACAGACUGUGCCAAGAGUGUUACGAGCAGCGAAACGCAAUAGCCCUUGAUGCUUUGCUCCCAGAACAUCAUGUCUACGAUACGCAAAACAACCAAGAAAAUCCAGAUGCCCUGCACGUUCAGACUCUAGACAUUGUGAACGUAGCCCUGGCAACCAUUGGUGAAACCAUUGGUGAAGCGGCGACAAAGAGCAUCGUACGUAAAACAAAAAGUUAAGAAAAUUGAGAAGAACUUCGAGAAAAAAAUUUGCGCGCACCUUGGCUUGGAUGAUCUGCAGAAUGCGGUCGCAGAUGCCACUGAAGAGUAUAGCCUCAGCGACUUUGUGUCAUUACAGGGUGUUUACCAACCUGCAAAACCUGGAAAAGUGAGGGAAUUUGAACACGUCUGGAAAAGUCGGAAUUUGUGAAAAAUCUGGCCAAGUCAUGGAAACUGACUAGUCUUUCAGAUGAUCAUGAAAAUAUUCAUUACCAUUGAUCAAAGCUUAAAAAAUCGUUCCUUAAACCACACAGAACAGCUAAGCAGGAGCAUAGUACAAAAAAAAAGUGCAUAGCUGGUGCUUCUACUUUCCGAGUACAACGUUACUCACGCUCAUAAAAUUGUGCAUGUCUCGGCUCGACGGCCUUCUGGUUAGGCUAGAAGUGCCAUCAGCAGAGGGCAAGGUGCACAGAUUAUGUGACUUGUAGUUAUUAUUAUUUACUAAAAAGUGUAAUUUACAGGUGUGUAAAUUGGACUGGGAUACAAAAACAGUAGUAAAGUAAAUAUGGUAAUCCAGAUCGGAUCCAAUCCAAUCCCCAUCUCAAGCUGCCUGAGCUGCAGCCAUAU